GUGCCCAGGCCCACCUCUGCAGACAAGCAAGCCCUCGCUCCAUCCACAGCUCAGCGUCAUGAAGGUCCCCGGGGCUGCCCUCGCCGUCCUCCUCUGCACCAUGUCCCUCUGCAGCCAGGUCUUCUCUGCACCAUUUGGUGCUGACACCCCAAUAGCCUGCUGCUUCUCCUACGUCUCCAAGCAGAUUCCACGCAAGUUCAUAGUCGACUGCUUUGAGACCAGCAGCCAAUGCUCCAAGCCCGGUAUUAUCUUCCAAACCAGAAAAGGCCGCCAGGCCUGUGCCAACCCCAGUGAGGCCUGGGUCCAGGAAUAUGUGGCCGAUCUGAAGCUGAAAGCCUGAGUGGCCUGGAAGCUUGGAGAACCCAGUGACCUCAGUGGGCUGACAGGGGAGCAGAAGUCCGAGCCUUGGAAACACCCCUCUAACCUCCACAGCUACCUCUCCUGUGGGUUGGUUGUUGCCAAACAGCCACACUCAGGGACUCUUUCUAACUUAAAUUUCAACUUAUUUAUACUAUUUAAUUUUUGUUAUUUAUUUUCAAUGUCAUACUCUGGGACCAUUUGCUCCGAGAGACCCCAAGAUACCUUCUUCAUUUGCACUGUCCCUUCAUUUGCACUGUGGAUUGGAGUCAAUUGAGUGACUGUCAUGGUUUAUUCUAGGCAGAAGUGGCAUGCAAGCCACCAGA